AUGCAGUUCAAACCGUCCUCUAUGCGACUGGCCGUCCUCCUGGGGCUGGCCCAGUACAUACACAGCACGCCCCUUCACGCCCACUCGCAGCGCCAGACCUUCGACCUCACUACCGCCACGCUGGAGGAUAUCGCCUCGCAUGCCCUCGGGGUGGCCACUUCGCGGCUCAGCAGCGGCAGUUCGACAUGCACGAGCGAGAACGUGCGUGUGCGUAAGUCGUUCGAGUCCCUGACUGACGACGAGAAGAUCGCCUAUACGGGUGCUCUCAACUGCUUGAUGACAACCCCCGCCCGGACGCCGUCGGACCUCGUGCCAGGCGCCAAGUCGCGAUACGACGACUUUGUGGCAACGCAUAUUAACCAGACGGAAGUCAUUCAUCUGAAUGCCGCCUUUCUCGGAUGGCACCGUUGGUACAUCUGGGAGAUGGAGUCCGCCCUGCGCGAUGAGUGUGGCUAUACCGGCCCGUUCCCAUAUUGGGACUGGGUGAAGACGGAGCAAGAAGGCUUCGCAAACUCGGCGAUGUUCGAUGGCUCAGAGACGAGCAUGUCGGGCAAUGGUCUGCAAGUGAACUAUACCACCGAGCCUGAGAUCGUUCUUUAUCCCAACACCACCGGCGAGAUUCGCAUCCCCGGCGGACCCGGCGGCGGCUGCGUGACCGAAGGUCCCUUCGCCAACAUGACCGUAAACCUUGGACCGGUGCAGCUGAGCACUCCCGACGGCGGGACCGCUGUCUCUCCCUCCGGCGACAACUUCGCCUACAACCCGCGAUGCCUCAAGCGCGCGUUGAACGACUAUGCACUGCACAGAUACGUCAACACAACAAGCUUGCUGUCGCUGCUGCGCAAUACAAGUGAUGUUUGGUGGUUCGAGGACCUGUUCUCCGGUACGCAAGGCGUGCCUGAGAUGGGUGCCCACGCCGGCGGGCACUUUGCGUUUGGCGGCGAUCCGGGCAUGGACUUCUACGUGAGCCCUGGGGAGCCGGCUUUCUUUGUGCAUCAUACCAACGUCGAUCGCGUGUGGUGGAUGUGGCAGAUGCUUGAUCCGGAUGUCCGCGGCGCCAACGUCGAAACCGCUGUAAACGGACCCAUCACCAUGUGGGACGUGUUCGAGCCGCAUGGUAAUGGCACCAUCUCCACGAUGCAAAACCUGGGCUAUGUCAAAGAGGGCGCCGAGGUGCCGCUGGGUGAGCUUAUGUCAACCACGGAGGGUCUGUUCUGCUACGUAUACGAGUAA